CAACAAUUAACUUACAGUAAUAAUCAUCAUAAUGUUGUACUAUUGUUGUAUUUUUAAUUAUAAGAUGAUUACCUUAAUUAGUAUAUUAUUCAUGACUAUUUUAAUAAAAUCAAGUAAAUCAGAACCUCCAGCUAAGUAUGGACCCCCAGAAUAUCAACAAUCUUCAUAUGGAGACGAUCAUGAUCAUCAUCAUUACGAUGAUCAUUAUGACAAUCAUGAGCCAAAAUCAUACGAAUUUGGAUAUGCUGUAAAAGAUGAUUACAGCGGGAAUGAUUAUGGACGUAAAGAAACAAGUGAUGGAAAUGCUGUCCACGGUGAAUACCGUGUGAACUUACCAGAUGGUCGUGUACAAAUUGUCACAUAUUAUGCAGAUUGGAAAAGUGGUUUCCAUGCAGAUGUAAGAUAUGAAGGUGAAGCACAUUAUCCUGAAGUCUACAAUAAAUACAGUUAUGGUCCUCCACAAUCACAACAAUACGGUCCACCACAAUCUGGCGGUUAUUAA